AUAUCUGAACAUGUUGUUUCUCCAUCACCUUCGAGUAUGCCUCCUGUACGACUCGGGCCCAAAGAUCUUCUGGAGUACGACGCUAACUACGGAGUGAUCAUCUGUCGCGAAUGCCAAUAUGCCAUCCAGAAGAGCGCCCUCCAAAGCCACUUGCUGCGACACAAAAUCUUCCGUCAUAAAAGACAUAGCCUUCUCAAUUCAAUUUCUCGGUUUACAAUUCUCGAGCCGGAGGAUGUAAUUCUACCAACACCCGACAGCAAGCCUAUUGCAGCUCUACCGACGAUCUCGGGCUUUCGCUGCGCAGUCCGGAAGUGCGACAGCCUCUUUGCCAGCGCAAAGCGUAUGCGACGUCAUCAACUUGAAUCGCACGAUAUUUCUGAGGCCGAAUCUUCGGACUCAUCUAUUCGUCCGGUCACACUUCAGACUUUCUUUCGUGGGACCAAGAUCAAGUAUUUUGAAGUCACGUCUGCAGGUCGUGCAACGACAACCAGGCCCGCGCCAAAGGCUUCUCGCGAAGAUACUGUUGCUGAACAUGAUCUGGCCGGAUCUGAAGGGGAAGAUGAUUCCAAGUUACCAAACCCUUCAACUACUUCAGCUGCGGACUUCAACUUGCAAAGCCUGGUAUACUUCCAUCACUUCAAAUCCGCAACAUGCUCCACGCUGCCCCAUCCAGAUCCCAAACAACCUCUAUACUGGCAAACAGAAUUUUUGAGCCAGGCUUUACAACAGAGAUGGCUAAUGGCUGGCUUAUUGGCGCUCUCAGCAUCUCACAUGGGAGCACUUACACAUCAAGCAUCCCCUGCAAUCGCCCACCAUGACCGAUCAGUCAAAUUCCAAACAGACUUUGAAAACGGCUGGAAAACGAACACACAGGGAGCAUUCAACACAAGCCACCGAGGUAUACCCACGCCACGCGAGGCGAUCCUCCAGCAACUCAGCAGCAUGAUAGCAUGUGCACACGCCACAUUCCCCUUCAAGACACCCGACACCACACUGGAAGCACUCAUCACUCCCAUGCGCGGCCUUACGACCACACAAUACAGAUCACGACCAAGCGGCGCCGUUGACGAUGCCUUCAGCCGAGCAGCUCGCUUGCUGGACCUUCCCAUCGACGACCCCGUCCUCGCCUCCAUACUGGCGCGCCUCGACACCCUCCCCUCGCGCAUGGCAGACGCACUCGGCAGACCCGAUGACCCGCAUGACGCGGUAACAGCACUAUCAGCCACCGCCACGCUGAUCGGAAGCUGCAUCGAGGGUUUCGAAUCCGACGACGCGUUCUGGGCUAUGGCGACGUGGAUAUGCAGGGUGGGGGAACAGUUCCAUCAACUGCUCGCUCGGGAGAAUCCAGCUGCGUUGCUGGUUUUGGCACAUUGGGCCGCGGCGCUGGUUUGGAGGGUUGAGGAGGAUGGAUGUUGGUUCUUGAAUGGUGCGGCGGGGACUAUUUUGGGGAGGGUUGGGGAGCUUUUGCCGCCGGAUCGACCCGCGAUUCAAGACUUGAUUGGAGAUUUGUGAAUCUAGUCGAGAUGAUGAAAAUGAGACCUCGAUACAGAUGUUGCUCUGGAAUACAUAGGAGCGUCGUCUAAUGAUUCGACAGUUGUUACAAACUUUCACCUCCAUAAUCCUGGAGAUCGACCAGCAGAAUUCGUAGUUGUUUACUUCACAUAUAUCAAUGAUGCAGAUCGAAGGGUAUACUUGGAAGGCUGCCUGUUUUGGCUUCAGGCUGUGGUUUCAAAGCCAAAGGAUGCGUAGUAAGCUGCUGUGAUUCUAAAGUCGAGAGAAGCUGUGCCAGACCAAUCAAACACUUGAACACGUAGCUGACAUGUCGGUAGGGCUGAGCUCACGCUCUAGUUGCGGCAGUGAAACUUGCCCGAGAUGGCGUUGCUUCAAUAAAAGCGAGUGGUGGAGCAAUUGACGA